CUAACUUCCCCUUCUUAAAUCCCAAGCAAAGCAAAUGAUUGGAAUCGAAAUUAAAUCCUAAACUUCGCUAGAAAAUAUUAGAAAACUCAUCACUUAAGCCCAAUUCCAUCGUAAGGUACCUAAGGUUGAGCCCUUUAGCCUUUUCGAGUCGAGUUUCAACGAGCCGAGCUUUGACCGAGCUUGUCAAGCCAUUAUCACCCCUAAUCCCAAUAGCUUAUCAAAAAUAAGGGUGAAUAACAUUUUUUCGAAAUCCUAGUAUGCCUUAAGCAUUCCAUACAUCAUGUUAUGAAUGACAAUCAUCAAACAUACAACUCAGAAAUUUUGAAAAUCAUAAAUUUCUUUAGUUUUGCAUAUCCCUUUACACAACAGAUUUGUCUUCUUUUAAAUAUAUAAGUAAAAGAUUUUUAGCGUAGUAAAAUUCUGUAUGUAAACAUUCGCAUGUUAUUUCUAUUAGUUUCCCUUGAUUUUACUACAUAAUGUUCAACUGUGAAUGUUAAAAAGUCAUGAAGAUUUCUAGGUCGUGCAACCAAUUAACAACCAAAUUCUUCUCUAAUGACUAUGUAUUUGCAAAACCUCUUACAAUAUUGUGCAAGAAACAGUCUAAUUGUAGAAGGAAAGAUUUGCCAUGCUCAAAUAAUUCGAGGUGGUUUAUGGAUUGACACUUUAACAUCAAAUAUGCUCAUCAAUAUGUACUGUAAAUGUGGCCUUCUUGAGCCUGCUCGUCAAGUGUUCGAUAAAAUGCCUGAGAGAAGCUUGGUUUCUUGGAACACUAUGAUUGGGGCUUAUACCCAGAAUGGGAAGUCAGAUGAAGCUCUUACCCUUUUUGUUGAAAUGGAAAGAGAGCAAUCUCCUAUGAAUGAGUUUACUCUCUCGAGUGUGCUAUGUGCUUGUGCAGCGAAAUCAGCUAUUUUCGAGUGCAAACAACUGCAUGCAUUUGCUAUAAAGAAGGCGAUAGAUUCCAAUGUGUAUGUUGGAACUGCUUUGCUUGAUGUUUACUCAAAAUGUAAUUUCAUGAGGGAGGCAUCGUGGGUUUUCGAGAGCUUAGAGGAGAAGAGUGAUGUGACAUGGAGCUCAAUGAUAGCGGGUUAUGUGCGAAACGAGCUCUAUGAAGAAGCUUUAAGGUUGUAUCAUAGAGGGCAAGUUGUUGGCUUAGAGCAAAACAAAUUUACCCUUUCUUCCAUUUUUUCUGCUUGUGCAGGGCUUGGUGCUUUAAAUGAAGGUAACCAAGUGCACGCCAUUCUGUUUAAGGCUGGGUUUGGUGCAAACAUCUAUGUGGCUUCGUCACUUAUAGACAUGUAUGCGAAAUGUGGAGCCAUUACAGAAGCCUAUGCUGUAUUUUCCGAUCAAGAAAGCAAGAACAUUGUUUCAUGGAAUGCAAUGAUCUCGGGUUUCUCUAAACAUGGUCGAUGCUUAGAAGCAAUGGUUCUGUUUGAGAAGAUGCAGCAGACAGGUUUAUUCCCAAAUGAAGUGACCUAUGUCUCGGUGUUAUCUGCGUGUGGCCAUAUGGGACUGGUCGAAGAGGGACGGAAAUACUUCGAUGUUAUGGUAAAAACACAUAACAUACCUCAAAAUGUUCUUCAUUAUUCUUGCUUGGUGGACAUUCUUGGUCGAGCAGGAUUAGUUCAAGAUGCAUAUGAUGUGAUAAAGACUAUGCCAUUUGAAGCGACUGCGGCUAUGUGGGGUUCCCUUCUGGCAUCUUGUAGAAAUUUUAGGAAUCCUGAGCUAGCAGAGAUUGCAGCUAAGCAUUUGUUUGAACUUGAACCCAACAAUGCUGGGAACCAUGUCUUGCUUUCCAACAUAUAUGCAGCAAAUAAGAACUGGAAAAAGGUCGCUGAAUCACGGCUAUUACUCAAGGACAGUGAAGCUAUAAAGGAUAGAGGUAAAAGUUGGAUCGAGAUAAAAGGUAAGGUCCAUAGCUUUAUGGUUGGAGAAAGAGAACAUCCUCAAAUUGCUGAAAUUUAUUUCAAGUUGGAUAGAUUAAUGGAAGAGAUGGAGAAGCUAGAUUAUAAAGUUGAGAUAGCACAUGACCUUCAUGAUGUUGAUGAGAGCAAGAAAAUGCUGUUGCUGAGACACCAUAGUGAGAAGCUGGCCUUCGCUUUCGGGAUCAUCAGUUUACCUCCUGGUGCACCUGUUAGGAUAAUGAAAAACUUGAGGAUUUGUGGCGAUUGUCAUAAUUUCAUGAAGUUUGCAUCGAUUAUUACCAGGAGGGAAAUUAUCGUUAGGGACUUGAAUCGAUUCCAUCAUUUUAGUAAUGGUAAAUGUUCCUGUGGAGAUUUUUGGUGAUUAAUCAAACGCGAGAUCAGCUUCAUGCUGCUUGUUAGACAAAAUUAGAUUGUUAUAUGUGCUACAAAUGUACAACCAAAAUCUUGUUAUUGAAUAAUUUGAAUUGCAAAAUACACAAAUUCGCCUCAUGUUGACC